AUGCCAUUAUCCAAUGCAAUAGCGAUUCGAAGUGACAAGCACGCCAAGUACUGGUUCAAUGAUGGUUCCGUCAUCGUCACCAUCCAUCGGACACUCAGCGAUCGUGCCCAGGAGGAAGCCACAGUUCUAUUCAAACUGCAUUCGAGCCUGCUCGCUCGACAUUCGACAUACUUUGGUCGUGUUCUCAAAGGUUCGGGUAUAGACGAAGGAGAGCCGCUCGUGUCGGAUAAUUCGCGAAUAUCAAGGGUGACAGUCCCACCUGGACUUGGCGUACGGGUGGAAGAAUUUGUGUCAUUGCUGGAACAUUUAUACCAUGAUACGUCGCUUCGAUCCUCCGCGUGUCCUCCCCCAUCUCAGCUCGACUUCCCCGACUUACACGCUCUCGUCCGAAGCUACUUAGAAGCGAUGUUUCCAAGUGGUCCUUUUCCAUUUACGCAUCCCAAUCAUCUCGAGGAGGCAUUGGCACUGACGACGGCGUAUGACAUCAGAUCGAUCCGAAAGGGCAUAUAUUACAGCCUCGUCACGACAACCGACUUCGAAACAGAAGAGGUAGAGGUGCGAUCUUUUCCCACAACGCCACACAUGGCAUGCACGGACGUGUUUGCCGAUCAAUGGAUGUCACUUGUCAUCCCCUCCGCGAUCUCAGAUGGUGGGGUGUACAAACCUCUCGAGACCCUGGAAUCCAUAAAGCAACUCGACUGGGCAGCUGAGGGAUUAUGUCCUGCAUGUGUGCGGGAGAAAAGGGAAGAGUGGACAGAGGAGCAGGCUGUAGUGUGGGAGAAGCUCCUGGUAGAACCAUUCCACAGACGCUACUGUUUCGAGUAG